CUAUCCAACGACCGCAUCCGGAAAACGGUGCGAUCUGCAAGAGCUCUCCCUCAAUCCGGAUCCCCUCCACUCACUCUGCUUCUGCCGCCGCCGCCGUCUUCUCUUGUCACCUUCUCCCCGCUUCUUCGACCACUCUCCCACACCCCCCUCCCCUCCCUCCCCUCCCCGCCGGUUGCUCUCUCUCACCCACUGACCACUGUCCGUCUGCCCCAUGCCUUCUCUGGGGUUUCUCAAGAAAAAGCGGACCAGGGAGGGCAACUCUGACCCUUCGUCCUCAAAUCCCACCAGCCCCGUCACGCCCACUUCGUCCACCUCGUUCAUCAGGUCCGCCUCCAUCUCCAGACCCUUUAGCUCGCUCUUGCCGCGCUCCUCCACGACCUCGACUUCUUCUCCCGUCGCCGCCUCGACCGCCCAGACUCACGCCCAAGCUCCCGCUUCAGCAGGCACCGCGCCUCAGCCGCAGACUCAAUCCCACCCAUAUCCCUCGGCCCCGGCGCAUCAGACGGCGGCCACCGAGGCCGAACGGCAGCAGAUGAAUUCCGUCAACGUCCUCGCUCCCUCAUACCCGGCGGGCUCUCCCAAUCCUCACGAUCCUCAGAACCUCCCUAGUAUCAGCAACCUCAUCAAUCCUCCCCAGCAUGAUAGUGCGGCCAACUCCUACUCCAACUCGAACAACUCUCGCUCUCAUUCGCCCUAUCCGAUAGACUCGAGAUCGGUCCAGACGGCCAGCCCCGGCACUACUCCCGCCCUCGUCCAACAACAGCAGCAGCAAGCUUUGCCUCAGCCUACGAUGCAGCCCGCGGGACAGCAGCAGCCGGCUCGGCAACCCGCACAACAACCGGCGUACCAGCAGCAUCAGCAGCAGCCCAGCAAUGGCUCGCAGGCGCGCAUCACCAAGGGCAAGUACUCGUUGGGUGACUUUGAUAUUCUGAGGACCCUCGGUACUGGUAGCUUCGGGCGAGUUCAUCUGGUCCAAUCGAAGCAUAACCAACGGUUCUAUGCCGUCAAGGUGCUCAAGAAGGCUCAGGUCGUCAAGAUGAAGCAGGUUGAACACACCAACGACGAGCGACGCAUGUUGAGCGAUGUCAAGCAUCCGUUCCUCAUCACUCUCUGGGGAACGUUCCAGGAUCUCAAGAACCUGUACAUGGUCAUGGACUUCGUCGAGGGCGGCGAGCUCUUCUCACUCCUCAGGAAAUCAGGUCGGUUCCCAAAUCCCGUGGCCAAAUUCUAUGCCGCAGAGGUCACUCUGGCGCUUGAGUAUCUGCACUCGAAAAACAUCAUCUACCGCGAUCUGAAGCCCGAGAACCUGCUCCUUGACAGACACGGCCAUCUCAAGAUCACCGAUUUUGGCUUCGCAAAGCGAGUGCCGGACAAGACAUGGACGCUCUGUGGCACCCCCGAUUACCUGGCACCUGAAGUGGUCUCUAACAAGGGAUACAACAAGUCUGUGGAUUGGUGGUCAUUGGGCAUCCUAAUCUACGAAAUGCUGUGCGGCUACACACCCUUCUGGGACAGUGGAUCCCCGAUGAAGAUCUACGAAAACAUCCUCAAGGGCAAGGUCAAGUACCCUGCGUACGUCAAUGCAGAUGCUCAAAACCUCUUGGAGCGAUUGAUCACUGCGGACUUGACGAAGCGACUGGGUAACUUGUACGGAGGCCCGCAGGAUGUGAAGGAUCACCCCUGGUUUACGGAGGUCACCUGGGACCGCUUGGCUCGGAAGGACAUUGAUGCGCCGUACACACCGCCCGUCAAGGCUGGUGCUGGCGAUGCUAGCCAGUUCGACCGGUAUCCCGAGGAUCCCGAGAAGUAUGGGCAGACUGGAGGAAACGAUGAAUAUGGACACCUGUUUACGGAGUUUUAAGGAUGCCUUUUGGGAGUAACAUGCUUGGGUCCUGGAUGACUGGGUCGGAGGUCCGACCCUGGUACAAA